AUGUACGGAGAGCCAUUGAUCGAACAGUUAUCGAUUGAAAAGGGGACGUCCGCAACUGAUAGGCCGACGCCGAUGUCAGUUCAAACUCGAUCAUCGAGAGAUUUGCAUACAUCACAACUAAUCAGUGAAACAGUCGAAGAAGCCGCAGCCGACAGUUCCAUCGAUCCUCACGAAGAUCAGGCGAACGCCAGUACGGAUAGAGGUUCUGAAGAAGAACGGGAAGAUUCUGGACUUGAGAAGCAUCUAGUUCCAUCACUGGAUGUGAAGACUGUAGAUUUACUUCUAAACGUAUUCGCUCCAAAGACAAUGGGUAAAUGCCUUAUUUUCGUAUUGGGAUUCAUGCUUGCCAACUACUUGUGGGGUUUUCUUGUGUGGAUUGUCAAUAUACGGAACCCAUUUCGGUAUAUUGGCUCUAACAAAGUGCUCAACGGAUAUAAGAGAGAUUGUCACUUAUUAGUCGCUGGAUAUUUCCCGUUCAAGAACGCAAAUACUCUAUCUGGAUAUCGAGCUUUUGCCGCGAGUGCCAUGAUGCUUCAUUCUGGCUUAUUAGAGGAUGAGUUUACUUGCCUUGGUGUCAUCACUAGUGAACUCUUGGCACGAGAGGUUGGGAUGCGUUUCGAUGGAGAUAUUGUUACUUACAGUCUCGAAAGUGAUUCCGAGACUCGGUGGUCAUUCGAUAUUCCUCGUACUGCGGAUAACAUUGUAGAAUGGGUGAAACGCAAACGUAGUGAAGCUAUAGUGAAGUGGAUACAUUCUAGUACGUUAGAAUAA